UCUGUCCUCGGCAGCGGAGGCCACUUCAACCCCGCGGUGUCGCUGAGCGUGUGGCUGCUCGGGGGGCUCCACAUCACCAUGCUCAUCCCCUACUGGCUGUCCCAGCUCUGCGGAGGGAUGAUCGGAGCCGGCCUGGCAAAGGCCGUGGCACCGAGCGAGCGCUUCGGCAACGCCAGCGGAGGAGCCUUCGGCGGCAUCACGGCUGACGAGCAGGUCCCCGCUGUCCUGCUGGGGGAGAUUGUGCUCAGCUCCUUCCUGCUCCUCGUGGUCUGCAUGGGAGCCAUCAAUGGCAGGAGCAGGACCCCGCUGGCCCCGCUGUGCAUCGGCCUCACGGUCACCGCCGACAUCCUGGCGGGGGGCGGUGUGUCCGGAGCCUGCAUGAACCCAGCCCGAGCCUUCGGGCCAGCUCUGGUGGCAAACUACUGGGACUACCACUGGGUGUACUGGGUGGGGCCCAUGUUGUCUGCCCUGCUCGUCGGGGGGCUGCUGAGGUUCCUGCUGGGUGACCAGGCCAUGCGCCUGUUCCUGAAGUGACAGCGGGCACAGGGCCCUGUCCAUGGGUGCAGCCCAGCACAGCCGGUGUGGAACCUUCUGCCCCUGCUCCUUCCCCUUCCUCCUGCCCACCUCAGCAUCUCCGUGGGCCAGCCAUGGUUCCUGUGCUGCUGCAGCGAGGAUGGAAACGUCCCAGCCAAGCCACAGUCCCAGGGCUCUGGCAGCACCGUGUCCGUGGUGUCCCCGGCUCCUCUGGCACUGCCCACGCACAGAGUGUGACCCCCGAGCUGUGCCCGGGCACCCCCAGAGCCAGGGAGCCCUGUGCCCUCUGGGUGGGCACCAGUGGCCCCGCUCAGACUGGCCGGGACAAUGGCGAGCAGCUCCUGCCCCUGGCUGCUGCCUCAGAGGGUGACAGGAGCCGGGAGCUUUGGGGACAGUCCUGUCGCUGUCCCCUCGGGGCAUCAGGAGGACCAGGGGGUGAGGCACUCACCCAGGUGUCAG